GCAACCGCAAUCCUUCGAAUUGUAGCACCAAGACAACCAUCUCUUUUUUGAACAAUUCUCUGGAGCAAUAUAAUUUGAAAUUAUUGCGAUCAGAGUUGCCACCACUUGCAUCUUUUUUGUUGCUGAGCAGCUGGUCUCUUUCCUCUCCACGAAACAUUCCGCAAGUUUGAGAACGAUAGGCUUUCAUUAAACUGCAGUUUAUGCUGACAGGAACCGAUUGUCAUCGAGGCAGAGCACAUCCAAACCAUCCAAAACAAACCCAAAACUGGCGCAUCACAAAAGCUUCAGUCAUUUAGCGCAUAAAUAAGAAGUAGCUCAAGUUUUACCAAAACAUAAUCAUUGUUGGCCAUCGACAGCGACUGGGCUGCCUUUCAAAUUUCAAAUACUUUUUUCGAACCAAGCAAUUUGACUAGCACAGCAAUCGCACAUACAACCCUCAUAAGUAGCCCUGUUGAGGUAUUUACCAGUAGAUUCAGCGAAACAUUUUGAAGACUUUCGUCAGAAACAAUUUCAACAUCUUCUUGCAAACUUUCAAUUUCCACAAAUUCAUCAUGUCUCCACCUCAGAUAAACGUAGAUAUUGCUUUGUGCUUGUUGAAGAACAGCGACACUAAUUUUCUCAUCGGCUACAAAAAUUCGAUUCCUGAUCCGAGAUACUUGACGUUCGACCAAAUAAAAGACACCAAUCCCGCUGUCUUGGGAAACCCCGAACCUCAUAAGUUCAUCUAUUUCCAUUUCAGAAAAGCCGACGACUUUGUAAGAUCUAAGCAGAUCAUCAUGCAUAGAUUCCCCAAUGCCCGCAACCACGAUUGGGAUAAUCAGGAUGAUAUCAAUAAACUCAAUGUAUUUAGAAUGGCUGCCGUCAAAUUAGCAAUGGCUGGCAUUGAUGUUUCAGUGGGAAAGAAAUGUUACAGCGUUGUACCCAAGUCAUUGAAAAGAAUUUGGUUUCCAAAUUUGGUAGAAUUUGUUGAAGAGUGGAGAGCUGAAUCUUCCAGAUAUCAGGCUGAGGCGAUGAUCGAUCAAAAUAUGACUGAUGGAGACGAGGCACACUAUGGAGAUGAUGAAGAUGACGAAGAUGACGAAGAUGACGAAGAUGACGAAGAUGACGAAGAUGACGAAGAUGAUGGAGACGAUGAAUAUGAUGGAUACGGUGGAUACAGUAGAUUCUAUGCAGGCAAUGCUCAUGGAAAUGUUGUUCAUCUCGCUCGCAGAGCCAUCCAAACUGGCGUUGAGAAUUUAGAGGGACAGCAAGGAUCCGCUGAAGUAGAAGGUGGUAUGACUAUUGAAACAUCUGUCGAUAGUACAGAUGAUGAUGACUUGUCAUCGGAUGGUGUCAGAGAUCGACAAGCGCUUCGAGCUUAUCACGCUGCUGCUCGAACUGCGCUCUCGUCUUCCUCCUACAUCCCAGUCGAAGCCCCAAUUCAAAACCCAGCAUUAAGCUCUGCUCCCACAAACACCGGUUCGCCAAUCCCCUCCUCCCAAUUUGCUGGUUCUCCAAUAAUUGGUCCUCAACCAUUGAGUUUAGCUGCAGAAGCCGAAUCAUUGAGCCUCGACGACCCUGAUGCAAUGAGCUUUGAAUUGGAGCAUUCUGUCAACAAUGAGGGCCAUGAAGGAAUUUCACUGCUAUGAAAAGCAAGGUAGCUGCAGGUGAAGGCAAGAUUCGUGUCGAAUAACAAAAGCUCGCUUUGAUUUAGUUGAAAAUCCUACGAUCUCAGCA